ACAAUUGUGAUUAAAAUUGCUGAUGGGAUUAUAUCGCGGAGUUGUUCACCACGCGUUUCAUUCAACACUUAGCGCUUGUUAGGUUCGGUUUCGAGUGUUGUGUUGAAGUGUUUUAUUUGCUUAAAGAAUUUGUUAAUAAAAUGACUGAAAAGAUUUUUAAACGUUGCCCAUCCGUGGAUAUUCAAUUUGAAGGUUUAAACUUUAACAUCCGAGAAAACAAAAAUGUUCGCAAUAUUUUGCAUUCUUUAAAUGGUUCUUUUUGUGCCGGAAAUCUAAUUGGUAUUUUAGGACCAAGCGGAGCUGGAAAAACGUCCUUGUUAAACGUUUUAGCCGGCCGAAUAACCCAAGGAAUUAGUGGUAACAUAAAAAUAAACGGAGUUCAAAGAGAUUUAAAAGCGUUCCAAAAACUAUCUUGUUACAUUAUGCAAGAAGAUCUAAUUCAAAAACAAUUAACUGUUAAAGAAGCGAUGGAUUAUGCAGCUAAACUUAAAUUGGAUAACAAUUUAGACGCGAGAAAUAAAGAUAACAUUGUUGAAAAUGUCAUAAACAUGCUGGGUUUGCAAGCAACAAAAGACACAAGAACCGAACAUUUAUCAGGGGGACAAAGAAAAAGAGUGGCUAUCGCACUGGAAUUAAUAAAUAAUCCGCCUGUUUUGUUUUUAGACGAACCAACUACGGGUUUAGAUAACGUCGUUGCUAAACAGUGUAUACAACUUUUAAAGGAAUUAGCUAAACAAGGAAGAACUAUAAUAUGCACGAUUCAUCAACCGUCAGAUCUUUUAUUUUAUCUUUUCGAUCAAGUUUAUUUCAUGUCAGAAGGUCUUUGUGUUUACAACGGAAGUGUAAACGUAAUAGUACCAUUUUUACAACGAAUUGAAUAUCCUUGUCCGGCUUAUUCAAGUCCGGCAGAUUAUUUAAUCGAAUUAAGUGGAAACAAUAAGACAACAAAACUACUUUCAACCGCGAGUAGUAAUGGCAAAAUAAAUAAUUGUGACACGAUUCUGACCGAGAAAUUUAUCGCACAAAGUCAAGUUUAUAAUCCGACUACAAAUCCGGUUGAGAAAUCCGAUGAUAUUUUCGAGGUAUUCCGAUAUCCAGUUCCGUUUCAUGUUCAAGUUUACGUUUUAUUAUCCCGGAUGUUCCUACAAUUGAGUCGAAAUAAAACGGUUUUAGGCAUACAAACUCUUAAUCACGUUCUUAGCGCGGCUGCAAUAGGAAUGUCGUUUUUUGCAGUCGGAAACAACGCCAAUCAAGCUAUAGCUAAUUUUAAAUUACAAAUUGCGAUGAUUGUAUUUUAUGUUUACACUUAUAUAAUGAGUCCUAUUUUAUUAUUUCCUUUUGAAUUAGAAGUUAUAAAACGAGAGUAUUUUAACCAUUGGUAUAGUUUAAAGGCGUAUUAUACAUCUUUAACAAUCUCUAAUAUUCCUUUAAUGAUUAUUUUAAGUUUUCUAUUCAACUGUCUAGUUUAUGUAAUGACUGAUCAACCGAUGGAAAUACCAAGAUUUUUUUAUUUCAACAUUGUAACCUUAAUAAUAGCCUUAACAUCAUACGGAAUUGGUUUAUCCAUAGGAAGUACAUUUAAACCAACGAUGGGUGCUGUAAUAGGUUCAGCUUUAGGUGUGGUUCUUUUAUUAAUCUGUAUGUACGGAAUGGGUUACCACGGAAGUGUUGGACCAAUAAUGAAAUUUUUCAUGUUCCUCGAUUACAUGAGACAUGGUCUUGAAGGGUUAUGCGUGAGUUUAUUGCGCGAUCGAGAUUUACUUGAUUGCGCCGAUGAGAUUUAUUGUCAUUUUCGUGAUCCGGAGUUAAUACUGAGAACAAUGGGAAUGUCCGAAUCGUCCAUUGAAUACGCUUUAAUGAUGUCCGCGUUUUAUUUAAUUUUUUGCAGACUGAUAGCUUAUGUUGCGUUAAAAAGAGUUAUUAAACCUAAAAUUAGUAUUAUAAAGCGGGGUUUUUAAUUUAAAAUAAAAUGAUUUAAUCCAAA